CUCGAAAAAGGAAAAAGGAGAGCACCCGUCGGCGGUUUCCGCAUUGGAUCCGAACGACCGACGCAUGCAAAGCAACGCAAGUAGUCCCGUCGCGACAGCCGACCGGCUCUCGACGCUCGAGGCGCUGCCGAAGCCCACGGGCGUUCGCGACCGCAUCCGUGCACUCCACGCGCUCAAGCUCGCCGAAUGUCCACUCCCGUCGCCCCGCACCGGCGUCGUCGAGAUGCCCCCGUCUUGUUGGUUUCGUGCUUUCUCCUGCUGCAGAACUCGGUCUGAGCGCACAACGCUGCACUUGAGUCUUCGCGGGCUCGCGUGGCAGCGUGAGUGCAUCUCGCUCGACGACCUCAUUGGCGCCGUCGUCGACGCUCCGAGCCCGACAUGCUUCACCGUGCACUUUGCCCGAAAGACGCUAACGAACGACCGCGUCUUUUGCUCUUCAACGUUUACGACGUUGACGAGCGACGAAGCAGGAGCGUGGGUCGGCGACCUCCGAAGACUCGUGGAAUGGCAUGCGCGGGUGCCACAGAACUCGCCCCGCCAUAUCCACGUGCUUCUCGAUCCGCAGAUAGCAGGAGCAUCGGCAACAUGGGUCGAGUGCGCUCCCUACGUUCACGUCGCACGGAUGACGGCCACUGUUUUCGACAACGUUGCGCCCGCCAAGUACGGGCAGCGAUACUCGGCCGAGCCCAAGAGCGUUUUGCCUGAAUGCAUCUUGGUCGUCGGCGACAACGCGACACUGGAGGCUGUGCUCAACGGCUUUCUCGCACAAGGCGAAACGACGGCACGAGCUGUGCUCGGGAGCUUACCGAUCGCCCUCGUCCCAACAUUUCGUGACGAGCCUUUCUCGAGAGGAAUACGGUGCCCGACGCCAGCAGCUGCGGUUUUUUGCGCCAUCAAGCGCAAGACUCGCACAGUUGACGCUAUGGGUAUGGCCUCACUGGGUGGGCCCGUGCGCAUCUCGUGCACCAGCACCGUCUACGACGUAGCUACAGAUCUCCCAGUGACCAUCGGCUGGGACACGUUUCACGCCCCGACUACGAUCGACCCAGACCAAGGCGCAGCCCUCCAACACCAAGUCGAAGUCGCCAGCUCGUACCGCGGAAGCCACCGGCGUGCUUGGAGCGGCGUCUUUGAAGCACCCGAGGCGCCACACAUGACAACAGUGACGGUUGCGGAGGUGCCGGAGCUGCUCUCGAUCGCAGUGACCAAAACCACACCACUUGGGACAGAGGAUAUCGCGCUCUCGGACGGUGCGCUGGACGUUCGGUUGACCUACGCGCGGGGGUGCGGCAGCCACUUUGUCACUGUCCGCCGGGGCAAGAGCAAGCACGUGGUCGUGACGCUGCCAUUGAGAGACCCUACGAGCAUCUACUGCUUACCACACCUUCUUCUCGUAUGCAGUGAAGCUUGAGAGACUGCGUAUUCUCUUGCAACCAGCAGCAGCACCUGUAUUUACUCCACGA